UUUCAGAGUCUGCAGCUGGAACGGGAGAUGUGUUUGGCUUCAAACUGCACCCUGGCCAGGGUGAACCUGUCCCUGCGCCCGCGGCUGGAGGAUGGGAAGGCAUCUCUGGCCAUCAAGUACCAGGAGCUGCGGGAGAUACGAGAGGCAUGUUGGGACAAGCAGCAGCGCCUGGAGGCGUACCUGGAGAAGUGGAGCCCGCGGAGUGCCCUGGGCCAGCUCCGAGCCAAGCUCAGUGCCUCUGAGGCCGAGUCAGAGGCACAGGUAGCGCAGUUCCUGGCCCAGGACCUGCCCCUCGAUUACUUUCUGGAGUCCUUCUGCCAGAGCCGCACACGCUCCCACGUCUGCCGGAUGCAGCUGGAGAAACUACAGGAGCUGCUGCAGAAGGACCAGGCGGGCAGGGACCCUGCGGGCCCCACGGGGCGCCCAG